GCCGCAGCAGGAGAUCGCUGAGGCGGUGGUUGGUGACGGAGAGGGCUAGAGCGGAGCGCAGCACGAGACCCUUGGCUGCCUUCUUGCCGUUGAGCCGCCGACCCCCGAGCCGUCGCCCCGCCAACCCUCCUCCCUGAGCUGUCGCCAUGGUGAAGAGCGUGGGUAGCCUGUCUGAAUUUGAGGAAGAACUGAAAUCUGCUGGUGAGAAGCUCAUAGUGGUUGACUUCUCUGCCACCUGGUGUGGACCAUGCAAGAUGAUCAAGCCUUUUUUCCACAGUUUGUGUGAGAAGUAUGGUGAUGUGGUGUUCAUCGAAAUUGACGUGGAUGAUGCCCAGGAUGUUGCUGCACACUGUGAUGUGAAAUGCAUGCCAACGUUCCAGUUCUACAAGAAUGGGAAGAAGGUGCAGGAGUUCUCUGGGGCCAAUAAAGAAAAGCUGGAAGAGACCAUUAAAAGUCUGGUCUAAUCUCCAGCCGUCGAGACAUUGAAGCAUGACUGCUUUGGCUAAAUUAUAGCCUGUUACUUUUCUACAUUAAAAAAAAUCUAAUCAAGCUAGCUAGGUUACAUCAUGGAAGGUAUCCUCUUGACAUCUAUAAAUGAGUACAAUAAAGUUUAAAUUCUUCAUUUUUGGA